CUAUAUAGCAGGUGUCAUUGAAGGACAGAAUAGAUAUUUUGUCUAUGUGGAAUUUGCCGGUUCGUGUUUCUGUCCUUUUCCCGUACGAUAGUCUAUCUACGAAUAAUUCUAUGCCAUCAGUGUCAUACAAACACAAACAGAAGGAUCCUAGCAUGUCACAGGCAGGAGAGCGAGAGAACGCAGCCCUCAGGCAGUGUGUUCAGUCUCGGGCACAGCUGGAGGAGGCCAUAGCUGGGGUGAUUAAAGCUGAGGCCCAGCUCAGGGGUAAUUCUAGAGAGGUGAAGUCUCAGCUGCACAGCUGUAUCAGCAGGCAUUUGGAGACGCUGCGCUCACGUGAAGUUUGGCUCCUUGAGCAGAUUGACCUGUUGGAGCACUUGAAGGCAGAAGCUCUGCAGCAGCAGUUACACCAGCUCCACUGGCUCCGGGGUCAGUUUGACAUCCUUAUCCAUCAACUGCAAAAUUCCUUCAGCAACAGCCUUGCCAGUCAACUCACUGCCUGCUUGGAAAAGUUUUCUGGUCUGAAUCUGAGUCCUGAGGAAACACCAGAGAUGAGUUUUGAAGCAGACGCUCGUGCCUUGCGCCAAGCUAUUACCUCUUUUGGGACCAUUUCCACUGAGCAGAUGUUGAAGACCUCUGUCUCCAGCCUAACCAAUCAAAGAUCAAGCUCUGCUGAGGAAACUUGGCUUGUACAAAACUGCCCAGUCACUGCAAAGAGACAGAAGCUGGAUCAAGACUGCGGAGGCCUACUUGCUGAAUGGUUACUCACCAGCAGUCCUGUAACCGGUGCUCCAAUUGGAUACCAGGCCAGUAAUAACCCUCAGGACUGGUUGUUAACCCCUAGAGAGAAACUUCAGGCACACUGCCCACUUGUGCCCUUUGACUUUUAUAAGGCCUGGGGUCAGCUCAAAGAUCUAGAGGUGUGGCUCAUGAAAGAGAAUUCACCUGCACGUGAGCGAACCAACAGCAAUACCAGCACCAGCAGCUCCGCUUUCUCCAUUGAGAAGAUUGAGGAGAAUGACUUCCUGGGAGAAGGGGAAGUUGAGGGAGCCCAAAUGGAGGAUGUUGAGACUGAUGACACAGAGUCUCUCGAUGACUGGCUCGUCACCCCCAAAACCAGCAAGUCCAUGGAGACCAGCCCUGUUUCAGAUGCAGUCCAGUGGAAGCAGGUGUUCCAACCUUUUCAUGAGAACCUCUCUCCCAGUGAGUGGCUCCUGAAGUCAGACUGUGGCUCAUGCUGCACCUCACGUGUCAAAGCGGUGGAGAUUGAGAACCUGGGCAAGCUCAAGUGCCUGAAAACUUCCUUGUCUUCAGGGGCUACAUCUCCCACUACUCCCACUCCAUCUUCUAUGAGUUCUGAUCCAGUGGAGGUCUGGCUCCAGCAAGCCAUCCCUGUAGAAAAUAACUGCAAAGCCAAUGAGAAAUGUUCAAGCUUUGCUCAGUGCGUGUGUGAUACCAACUGUGGGAAGGAGGCUCUGAGUGCCUGGCUGCUUAAGAAAGAGGGCAAAGACAAGAAUGGUGUGCCCUUGGACAAGAAUGCCAGCAACAAAUCGUCCAUGUUACAGCAGCAAGAGCAGAAGGUGCAGGCCAUCUUGGAUGCCUGGCUUUAUCCCAGAAAAAGAGAAGAAGCUGAGGUUCUGUCCUCUCUGUCAGGCUGGGUAUCUCCAUGCAAGCUUGAGGUGAAAGAGAGAGCCACUUCUGAUAAAAGCUCACACACUGAUUUGCUUGGAGAUUCUGAGGGUGUCUUCCACAAACCCCUGAAACCUGAGAAUUGGCUGCUUUCAGAGAUUAGCAAUAAAAACACACCAGAGCCAGAUGCUGAAGAGGACAAAUGGCUUCUACGCAAGAGGGCCAAUAUACAGGACAGACUUGGUCUCCCCAGAGUAUGUGAUUUAUUUUCCUGUCUCAAGCUUGAUGGGGAAAAGGAGAAGUGGCUACAUCACACAACAUUUGAAGUGUGAACAACAAAACACUGCCAUUAGUUUUUUGCUGGACUGAAUUGCUGGUCAUCUUCCUGUUGCCUUAUUUUCAUAUUUCUACCCACUUUUUUUUUUUGUCUGCUUAACACUUGCUCUCAGGAGAGAAUAAGCCUGUUCACCAUCUCCUAUAAAAUAGUUCUGUUUAAGAAUUUAAAGGAGGAACUAGUUAACAACAUUAAUGCAGAAAGUACUGUGCCGUCCCAGUGGAACAAAUUCUUAGGUUUUAAAGGACUAGAGUAAUUAGAUUUAUGUAAAGGGUAGAAAAGAUUCAUCAGGCUGAAGGAUUGAGUUAUGCAGUAGUAUUUCACAUAGCUUGCAAGAAUAAUAAAGAUAAAUCAAAAGGUAUGGUAAAUCAGAUCAAGAGCUAUUUGGGUUAGAAAUUGGGUUACAUAAGUCAGCAUAAUUUAACACUGGCUUUCUGAAUAGGAAAAAAGACUGGUUUAUUAGCAAAAUUGAUUACACUCGAUUUCUAUUUCCAUUCAUUUUAAGAAGCCAGUCUAUUCUCUCUUUUUUUUUUUUUUUUAAUAAGUAUGGUAAAAUAUGAUCCUCCGUUUUUGACCAGGUAUAGUUUUCUUUCAGUAUGGAUAGAUGAUAUUGCUUUAUAAAGAGCAGAAGAUUUAAAGAAAUAAGCACACAAAAUAGGUAAGCAGUACAAAUUUGGCACAGUAUAUUUUAAUUGCUCACCUUCCUCUAAGCCUCACUACAGUUUUUAUUCUUUAAUAUCCCUUUAUGUGCGUUACAACUAAGCGGACACCCUACAGUAAUUCCUGAAUAAAGUGUGGCAAACGUGCAUUAGAACAUAGUGCAUUAUGACCACUUGUUUUUCCUUCUGCUUUGUCAGCUUGGGCAGAUAUAGUUAAAUUGCUCUAGAUAACAUUGGCUUGAGAAGAUCUAGUUCUGUGAUGUAAUAAAGUAAAUAUAAGAUGUUAAGCAGAUUACCAAGGAAAUAGGAUGUUUAGAUUUUGCCAGCUCUCCCUAAAAGACUAAGGGUUUGGUGCAAUAUAUAAUAACAAAAUAUGUGACAUUAAUACCACGUAUGUCAGUUUUAUUAGGGUCCCAUUUUUAAACCCAUUCUCACACAAAUGCAUCACUAACAAAUCAUAUACCAUGUUAUUUUAAAGUAUUAUUGCUUCUCUGCUUUCUGUCUUCUGCUCCCUAUAUCAUAAUCUCUUAAUAAAUAUAUUUAAACAAUAAA